UCCAGUAGUGUGCUUGGUUAACUUUAAAACUAGGCCAGCGCUCUGGUGACGUCACAUACUUGACAACUUUAACUUUGUCGUCGUCAGUAAGUCCUUGUAUGCUCUCUGACUUCACAGGAGUUUUGAUUUUUGAGUCUUUAAUUGCCUUGGGACUCAAUUUUGCGAUUUUGCUGUCCGAACCACCAUGGUCUCGACGACCCGCAGGCCCAGACUUGCUACCUGCACCCUUGGUGCGCGUUUUCUUUUUGUUGGUGUCCGACUCGGGCUUUUUGGCCUGUGCCCGGUGGGGAGCUUUCGAUGGAGGCUUCUCAAUGCUAGACACGAUAGCCUCAGUUGGACUUGGACCUGUGGGUAACGUUGUUGUGGGACUGUUCGAUGGUAGUGGUGUGGUGUCUCCAGAGACGGCACUGGCGUGAACUUGGGUUCCAUAGUGCUGAUGUAGGAGACUCGGAGAAAAAUUUGCAUAAAGAUCUUCGAGAUAGCCACCUGGUGUGCUGGUGGUGAGUAGGGAUGAAAUUGGUGGGAGGGUAUAGUUUUGUGAGUGUUGGUGCUGAUCUCGAUGCUUGCGCGGAG